UUUUUGUAUUUUGUUUACAAAGAGACAGGGUCCCAAGGUCGUAACGUAACAUGAGUGUUAGCCGAGGUUGAGAUACAGUCAAUGGUUAGCCAGGAAAUAUCAGCCACGUAUUGUCUUAAUAGUAUCUAGCCAAUACUUGCAGCCGUCUGCAACGUUAAUGAUAAAUGCCGUGCAGCACAGGCUUCUCACGGAUGUCAGAGGACAGCUGUGACUGCUGUUCACCUAGAUUUAUCAUUGAAUUACAGCCCUUAUAUUGACGUUGUCCGACUCUUAAAGCUAGCUCGUAAACCAGUCUAGCUGAUGUGGUAGUGGUAACUUGAUAAACGAACAUCUAGUGGCUAAAGCGCUAGCUUGUUUAGCUGCAUAUUCGUGAUAUCUAACGUUAGUUAAUGUUAAAGGGGUUAUUAAAGUUUGGCAGAGCACGUUAAUGUGGCUAAAGGGUUAACAAGCUGCAUGUAUUACUAGCUAGAUAAUGUCCAAAUUCAGGUAUUUUAAGUGCUGGUAAGUUUAAAGCACCGCAAUGUUGCUGGCUAGCUGCUCAGGGAUAGCUGACUUAAAGUCAUCCAAGUGAACCAUUAACAGAGGUGCCAUCCAUUGAGUCAAUAAUCCAAAGAAUACUGUUAAGGGAUAUUUGAUAGUUUACACAGGGGAAUAUGAAUAUUGAUGAAUAUUUCCCUUGAUGCUACUAUGCCAUCAUUUGAGCAGCUUGAGAUCUGGUUCAUUUACAUUUUGUCACAUACAUGUAGAGCUGGUAGUCUUCUGUCAGGCACCCCAGCUUACAAAGCCUUUCUUGUUAGAUAUAUGUGGCACAUAUGAUGUAAGAAAUAUUCGUCUUCCUUCUGACAGUGUGGCUAUUUUUCAGUCAGGCUUAGCAAAUGUAAGUGCCAGGUUAUUAUCCCCACUCCCUGUGGUAAAUUUUAGAUAGUCCCAGCCUGAAGUGAGCGGAUUAUGAUCAUGUUGGAUUUUCAGAGGUAAACAAGAACACCUAUUAGUGCUGUGAGGAAACGCAGGCCACUGUGCUCAGCUUGAUUCCCCCCUCCCUUGUUGACUUUACUUGUCGGAUCAAAAAAAGUAUCUCUCACUCUCCCACACAGUUCCUUUCACUUGUGCUUUUUGUCAGUGACAGUUCCUCUCUGGAAGGCUGAAUACAUAUAUAUUUUUUGCAUGCUCCAUUAAUCUAAAAUUUUCCUAACAGCUGAAGAAGACCCUUUGAUGUUAUUUCAACUUGGCGCUUGUGAUCGAGGACAGACACACUGCCCAUGCUGCCACAGUAGAUAUGCUGUCACUAUGCUACUGAGAGAAGAAUGACAUUUGUCUCAUUUUGAUUCCUGGAGCUGCCUCGGGCAGAGUUGAGGCUUAAUUAAAAAGUUGCUGCUCUAAGCCAAGUUGGUCUUUUUCUCAGCCUACUUGAUUGCACUGCCGCAGCCUAGAGUGCAAAGGGUUAUGGCACCAGAGGCCAACUGAGCAACAGGGGACUCUGGUUGUACUGGAGGAUCAGACUGUGCUGUGGGAGUAGGGACUGGACCAGGAAACCAGGCCCACAGUUAAACACAUCAUGCAGGAACACUAGGAUCCCUGUUUGAGCCCCUUCUGUGUGGCAUUUGUUUUUUUUCUUUUCCUGCAGUCUCAUCGGUUUGGAUGGUUGAGCACAAGGGCUACUUUGAAGGAGCCCACCGGUGGCUGUGGUAUAGCCAAAGCUGACAGACUGCUUGCCAGCUAUUGCUGAUUUAGUACCCUUGUCCACUGCUGCCACUUGCUGUAGUCCCCUUGGUUGUGGUCUUCAGUAUGGUGAGUGGAGGCUGGAGGCAUCGCCGGAGUGGAACUGAACCAUUAAUACUGGUGUAGCUGGUUAUUUUCCUAUUUUUCUGCAAUCUGAAAGAUUGCAUUCCAGUUUUUAAGGACUUUUUUCUCUGUGCUGGAAAAAACCCAGUCAAGGUCAUUUUUUUUAAUUCAAAACCCGGAAAGACAGCCGCUCCAGAGGAGGAUGAAGUUGAGGAAACAGGUGACAGUGUGUGGAGGGGCCAUAUUCUGUGUGGCUGUAUUCUCACUGUAUCUGAUGUUGGAUCGAGUCCAACAUGAUCCUGCAAGGCGACAGAAUGGCGGGAAUUUUCCACGGAGCCAAAUCUCAGUUCUGCAAAACCGGAUAGAGCAGUUGGAGCAGCUCCUGGAGGAAAACCACCAAAUCAUCAGCCACAUAAAGGACUCUGUGAUGGAGCUCACAGACACAGGAGCUGUGUCUCCCAGCGGCCACCUGCCAUUCAGAAGUGCCAAUGGUUCCUGGGUCCUACCCUUCGACGGCCGUCCCACUUUCCUUGCUGUCAAGCCCCAGGAUUGCCAAGCUGCUUUAGGCAGCCAUGGUCAAGCAGACGUUCAGAUGCUGGAUGUGUACUCCAUUCUCAAGUUUGACAACCCUGAUGGCGGCGUAUGGAAACAGGGCUUUGACAUUACUUAUGAACCUGAUGAGUGGGACUAUGAGCCACUGCAAGUGUUUGUGGUCCCCCACUCCCACAAUGAUCCAGGUUGGAUCAAGACUUUUGACAAGUACUUCACAGACCAGACACAACAUAUUUUGAACAACAUGGUGGUGAAGCUGGCGGAGGAUCCUCGCAGGAAGUUCAUCUGGUCUGAGAUUUCAUUCUUCUCCAAGUGGUGGGAGACCGCAGACAUACACAAGCAGGAGGCUAUGCGAAAACUGAUCCUUGGGGGGCAGCUAGAGAUUGUCACAGGAGGCUGGGUUAUGACGGAUGAAGCCAACGCCCACUACUUUGCCAUGAUAGACCAGCUCAUUGAAGGACAUCAGUGGCUGGAGAGAAAUCUAGGUAUAACUCCUCGCAGCGGGUGGGCGGUAGACCCUUUCGGUCACAGUGCUACCAUGUCCUAUCUACUGAAGAGGGCCAACCUGACCAGCAUGCUCAUCCAGAGGGUCCACUACUCCAUCAAAAAACACUUUGCCUCCACCCGCAGCCUGGAGUUUAUGUGGAGGCAGGCCUGGGACACUGGAUCGAACACGGAUAUCUUUUGCCACAUGAUGCCGUUCUACAGCUACGACGUGCCUCACACAUGCGGGCCCGACCCCAAGAUCUGCUGCCAGUUCGAUUUCAAGAGGUUACCAGGUGGUCGGAUAAACUGUCCCUGGAAAGUGCCACCAAAAGUUGUGGUGGAGGCCAAUGUAGCAGAGAGGGCUCACCUGCUCCUGGAUCAGUACCGUAAAAAGUCCAAACUCUACCGCAGCAAGGUGCUUCUUGUCCCGCUGGGAGAUGACUUCCGCUACGACAAGGCGCUGGAGUGGGAUCAGCAGUAUACCAAUUACCAGAAGCUGUUUGACUACAUGAAUUCUCACCCAGAGAUGCACGUACAAGCUCAGUUUGGGACUCUCACAGACUACUUCAACGCUGUAUACAAAGCACACGGAGUGGCCCAGGGGUCCAGACCCGCAGACUACCCAGUGCUUAGUGGAGAUUUCUUUGCUUAUGCAGACCGGGAAGACCACUACUGGACUGGCUAUUACACCUCUCGGCCCUUUUACAAGAGCCUGGACCGUGUGAUAGAGUCACAUCUCAGGGGGGCAGAGAUCCUCUACAGCCUGGCGGUUGCGAAUGCUCGACAUGCAGGCAUGGAAGGGCGCUACCCGUUCUCAGAUUAUGCCCUGCUAGUCGAUGCGAGACGGUCUGUUGGCCUCUUCCAACAUCAUGAUGCCAUCACUGGCACUGCAAAGGAGAAUGUUGUCGUUGACUACGGCACCAGAUUACUGCGUUCACUCAUCGGUCUGAAGAGAGUAAUCAUCAAUGCUGCUCAUUUCCUGGUGAUGAAAAACAAGGAUGUUUAUCGCUUUUACCAGACGGAGCCCUUCCUGGAGACAGAUGACAGGCGUGCCACUCAAGACUCUCUGCCUCAGCGCACUUUAAUCGAGCUGGACCCAGCAGGACCGAGGUACCUGGUUCUGUUUAACCCCAUCGAGCAGGAGCGUCUGUGUGUGGUGACUGUGUUGGUCAACACGGUCAGGGUGCGGGUGCUCACUGAGGAUGGACAGACCCUCCCUGUGCAGCUGAGUGCUCAGUGGGGCUCUGCCAGUCAAAUGAGUGCAGAGGUGUUUGAGGCAACAUUCAUGGUCCGUCUGCCGCCACUGGGCCUGGCUGUGUUCCAUCUUUACGACUCUCCUGACUCACCCAUGACUCUCCGUUCUGACACCCUGCUCCGGCUGUCUGAUCGGGGCGUCACCGCUCGUGCCGCGGACCCGCUUCCUGUCCGCUCUCAGCAGUCUGACCCACAGACCUUCUACAUCAGCAGCCAGUCUCUCACUCUGGGCUUCUCUGGAACCACUGGCCUGCUGGAGAGUAUCAAGCACAAGGAUGAUCCUCAGGAAGUGAAGGUACAGAUGCAGUUCGUGGUCUACGGCACCCGUCCCUCGAAAGACAAAAGUGGAGCUUACCUCUUCCUGCCUGAUGGAAAAGCAAAGCCCUACAACCAGAAAGAGCCACCCGUUGUGCGUGUCGUGGAGGGGCCUCUGUUCUCGGAGGUGGUGGCACACUACCAGCAUUUUCAGCAGACCAUUCGCAUACACAAUGUGCCAGGGGUGGAUGGGUUAUCUAUAGACAUCACUACGAUGGUGGACAUCAGAGAUCAGACCAAUAAGGAGCUGGCAAUGCGACUGGUCACUGACAUCCAGAGUGGAGACGUCUUCUACACAGAUCUCAAUGGCUUCCAGAUGCAGCCUCGCCACCACCACCUAAAGCUUCCUCUGCAGGCCAACUUUUAUCCCAUGUCCAGCCAGGCGUACAUCCAGGACAGCCAUCACCGCCUCACGCUGCACACGGCUCAGUCCCUGGGUGUCACCAGCCUGGAGAGUGGCCAGCUUGAAGUGAUCAUGGACCGGCGGCUGAUGCAGGAUGAUAACCGUGGGCUGGGUCAGGGCCUGAAGGACAACAAGAAGACGACCAACCGCUUCCGACUGCUGCUGGAGAGGAGAUCCAUGGGCAACAAGCAUGAUGGCUUCUUUGCCAAAUUCUCUCUUCAUUCUUUCCUCUCCCAAAUCUCGAGUGAUGGAGUUCAAGAGAUGAUGGACAGUGCAACAACCAGCUUCCCGUCUAUACUCAGUCACAUGACCAACUCCUUCCUGAACCACGAGGUCUUGGCGCUGCCCGUCCUGCCUAAAAGACGCGGCAUCCCUCCUCUGCAAACCUUCGCCCCUCUCAAGUCCAUCCUCCCCUGCGACUUCCACCUGCUGAACCUGCGCAGCAUCCAGAGCCAGCAGGACCCCAACUCUCCGUCUCCGUACACAGCCAUGAUUCUUCACCGUCUGGCGCUGGACUGUGGCCUGGAGGCUCAGAACCUGGGCUUCAACUGCACCACCACACAAGGACAGCUGAGCGUGUCAGGACUGUUCAAGAACCUGGACCUGCAGCUGCUCCAGCCCAUGUCCCUGACCCUGAUGCACUCCAGCGCCCCCCUCGCCAACGACUCCUCCAUCAGCCUGGAUCCCAUGGAGGUCUCCGCCUUCAAGCUCAAACUGCACUAAGAGCCGCCCAGACUAAAAAGACGCAAUAAAAACUGAACUUGGACCAAGAACCAGGCCCACUCCUGGCAACAGCGGGGGGUGGGGUGGGGGUGGGGGGUGGGGGGCUGGUACUCUGUUUUGUCAAGCAGAACCACAAACACUACAGCUCGGAUAGGAAAUGUUCCACUGUAACUGGACCGACUGCACAGCAGGGGGCAGGAGAUAGCUGUUACUCUGGAUGUCUCCCAGAGCAGCAAAACCCGGGUGAACUUGCAGCUGUUUCAAAAACAAGAGAGACUGCCAGAAUCGCUCAUCAGAUACAACCCGGCGUCUGUUUGUCUCUGUAAUCGAAAAUGAAAUCUCAUUAAGUUCUGCUUUGUAAGAACUUGUGUCUUUUUCUAUCUUUGCUCCAUCCUGGACUGAACUACUGAAUGUAAAUAUCCCAAAUGACGGGAAGUGGGGGGCGGGGGGCUGGGACAUUUGCCACAUCAGAGUGCAAUUUACAAAGCUUUAUUUGGUGUAUGGGUUUAUAAUUUUUUUUUUUUUUUAUGUAUGCAAUGAAGAAGAUGCAUCACAGCGAUUUGUUUUUGUAAUUGUCAGUCAAAUUAUAAUUCAUUCGACAGACUCGAAUGCAGCAAAGAGAAUGUGUGGUCUCUUCAUCUCAGCUCGCGAGGAGACCCUAGCUGCGGCUCUUUAAGCUAUCGUAUGUCCGAGUCCAAGAGUCCCAUGUUGGUUACUAUGCCAACAAUGGGAUCAUUAUUCAUUUCGGAUGACUGUUUACCUUCUGUUCGAUGGUUUUGCUUGUAGAUAGUCGGAAGACUUUCCUUCACUUCUUUUUCUUCUUUGCUGAUGAGAUUUGCACUUCAAAGCCCCUGUCUGUCAUUCCUGUGCUUGUAAUUCACUGCUGAGAGGGUUGAUUUUUGUACCAUACUGUAUGCAGUAGAAGACUAGACAAAGACUUUACCUCAUAUACAGUAUACCAUACAGCAUAUAUAUAUCAGUAUGUGUGUGUGUGUCUGUAGAGUAUGUUGAUGUGAAUAUCUGAGGGUUUAUUUUUUUGGGUGUAUUGAGGUUACAGUGCACACUAUCAGGGACCAUUCAUAAUGCUGUUAGGCAUCACCGAUCAGUUUGGGUGUCUAUGCGAGCUGUGGGUCACAUCAUUGCAGGACAAAGGGAGCUUCCCAUUGAAGAUAGGAACAGAAAUGGGAAGGUUUGGUUCACCCAAAUUACAAAAAGUGGUAUCUGGCUACACAGAUUUGGUUUGGAGAUAUCUAUCUAGAGUUGCCACAAAUGAUCGUUUUCAUUAAGUCUAUAAAAAAUGUCAGAAAAUGGUGAAAACUGCCCAAGCUUGUGUCUCUUUAAUCACUUGUUUUGAACAAACCAUUCCAAAAACAUUUUGAACUCAAAAGUAGCACCUUUUUAUUUCAGAAGCUGAAAUCUGAGAAUAUUUGGCAUUUUUCUGCACGUUUAGGCAUCGGUCUCUGAGAUUUCUUCCACCACACCAAUGCAUUGAAGCAGAAUGGCAUUACAUUUUUUUGUUGUUGGCUUCUAACAGUAAAACAUUUUUAGCAACUGGCCUUUCCAGAAAAGUGUCCACGUCACUCUUGAUAAACAGACCUUGCUGUGAAGCAAUUUACUGGAACUACUAAAAUAAAAGUACCAAUUCCAUACUAUAUACCAGUACUAAUUCUAAGCAGGUUUCGAGUAUGCACUGUGUUCAAACUGGAAAAGUGUUAAGUAUACAAAAAGAGACGAUAUGCAUACUAACAAGCGCUUGAUGUUUGAGUGUGUUGUUGAUGUACGACAAUGCAUUUCACAUAGGGAAAAUGAAGGUGCUGCUCACAGCUGCACAAAAUUAAAACUAACUGUGGGUGGUGGCGAAAACGCUCCAGGAAGACCCAGAAAAAUAAAAAAAGAACUUGCUGUCUGUUUUUGUGUAAUUGGCGAUAUCACAUCUAACUAAAUAGUAUGCAAUAGUCGGUGUGAAAACUGAAGGCGGGACAAUGUUUCAGGAAGGAGAUGUUGCUGUUGAAUUCUUUGUUUUGUAUUUGUUGUGAGCAUAGACGUCUCGGAGAGGGAUUUCUCAAAACCACGACACAUCAAACCAAAACUGUACGCUUGUCAAGAUACCAUUUAGGAAUCAAUGACUAAGACCAAAGUGAGGAAAUAUUUGUAACUUGGGUGUAGCCUACUGAUCCUUUAUGAAGAAGUCGUAGUAAACCAUACACACAGAUAAUCAACACAGAAGAAAUACGUUUCCUCAAAUGAGCUGCAAAUUUCAGCUCCACAGUGCUUCUUGUCCUGAGGCCAUCUUGAGGCACUCAGCCUUUUUCUGGUGCGUAUCUGCCUCCACAGCAGCUGUGGAGGAUGUUGUCAUCUAUGGCCAAAGCUAGGGCCAGACAUCCCACAGGCAGCCCACCUGUGUCACACUUUGUACUGCGCCACCGCCUCACCCCGCCCCACCGUGUCCCAUCACUGAACCGGUCGUCUGAAUUUUUCCACAGGAGGUCUGGAGGCUGCUUUGUUGCUUUCCUCUGGCCUGAUGGCUGGUCUACCAUAGCUCAAUUCGUUCCGCUUUCUCCUGCUACUGUGAGCACUGCAGAUCCUCUCUCUCUCUCUCUCUCUCUCUCUCUCUCUCUCUCUCUCUCUCUCCCCUCCUCCAGCUGAAGACCAGACUUCACUGCAUCUUAAAUUGCACUUUCUCCUGUUGUCUAACCUUGUCAUAACCCUCGCUCCUGCUGUUUUGGUGUGUGUCUGAGUCUCUAUAAAUGUCUUUUAUUUUUUUUAGGAUGUGAUCUCAGUUGUAGCGCUGUUUUUGUUUGUUCAGAGGUAAUAUAUGAAGGCAAGCUCUCUUCUGUAUUUGCUUAUUCAUGAUGGAUUAAAGCUGCAGUAGAACAGAGGAGAUGGGAAUUGAAUAAAGACCAAAAGACA